GAAACCGUUCAAGCUGUAGGUCGACACUAUCGAUCUAUGCCACCAACUCGCACAAGCAGUCCUCGUUCAGAUGCAUUCCAGAACCCAUUGGUGAAGCGACGGAUAACCUCUGAUCUCCCUAUCCCAAGCUCGGACAUCGCGACGCUGGAAAAACUCUGGAGCGAGAACACCAGGUUACGAAGAAAGCUUGGGCAAAAGGGCUGGCCAAUCCCCUCGAUGAGACCUGUCUCGAGGGAAAGCGGCAUCCCAUUGUACGCCCAUGACAGCUAUUGGGGGUUGACACCUGAAGAAGACCCGGGACGCAGUGACCCUGCAGAGCACAGCCCGUCGGAUGUGAGUCAGAAUUGGAGAGAUUGGUGGGGACUUCGAUCAAGUGACGGCGGAGCAGGAGCGAAACAAAGUUCCGGGACACAUGUAGGGAUGAGCACGGAAACUGUUCCUGGGUCGCGCGAAGAUCACGAAUUGAUCCAUGAGAACCCUUGGGGAUCAUCGUAGCCUCAUGUACAGGAUGCCGUCACCGAGCCUCUCGUUCAUUGUGGACCUCUUUGGGAACCAAACCAUUUUGUAAGUUGUCCAUCACGCCAUUUCUACCCGGUGAAUUUCAGAAAGCGGUCGACAGAUAACAAAUAAAAAAGCGCGGGAGGAUGAAUAUGAGUCAUACUAUAUGCAUCGGCACGCUCGAGGAUAUGUACUGUUAGUGAUUACUUGCACCCUAUGUCAUCAGCGU